GCUUCGUCUUUCACCCCCCGUUUCUUCUCCCUCUCUCACUCGUAGCUUCUUGAGAUCCCGCGUUUAUUUCUUUUCCUUCAUUCUAUCUGUUUGCUGCCUCCUUAAAAGUACCUCUCCUUUUUCUGUCUCUUCUCUCUCUCUGACUGAGGAAGCUUCAUUUUGUCGCCCAUACCUGAAAUACACCAGGAUAUCGUUGUCUGGGCGGCGCUUGAAGGUGUGUGAAUAAAAAUGUUGGAAAAGGUGGAAGAAUUCAACAUGGACAAAGUGAUUGACGAGUUUGAGGAACUCACCAAGGAUGCUGAAAGGGUUCAGAGGGAGACGCUUAGAAGGAUCUUGGAAGACAAUGCUUCAGCUGAAUACUUGCAGAAUCUCGGUCUUCAUGGAAGAACCGAUCCUGAGAGUUUCAAGGCUCACGUCCCUCUGGUUACCCACAAGGAAUUGGAGCCUUAUAUCAUCAGAAUCAUUGAGGGCGAUGCCUCUUCCAUUCUCACUGGAAAGCCAAUCACAACAAUGUCUUUAAGUUCUGGAACUACACAGGGGAAGCCAAAGUACGUACCCUGGAACGAUGAAUUAUUUGAAACCACAAUGCAGAUAUAUCGGACCUCUUUUGCCUUUAGGAACAGAGAGUUCCCAAUAAAAAAUGGUAAAGCCUUGAGCUUUAUAUAUAGCAGCAAGCAGUUCAAAACAAAAGGUGGUCUGGCGGCUGGAACUGCCACAACCAAUGUGUUCCGAAAUGCGCAGUAUAAACAUGCAAUGAAGGCACUUCAGUCCCAAUGUUGCAGCCCAGAUGAAGUAAUAUUUGGUCCAGAUUUUCAUCAAUCAUUGUACUGCCAUCUGUUGUGUGGCUUACUUUUCCGUGAGGAGGUCCAGCUGGUGUCUUCUACAUUUGCACAUAGCAUUGUCCAUGCAUUUAGAACCUUUGAGCAAGUUUGGGAAGAGCUCUGCAGUGACAUCAGAGAAGGGGUCCUCACAAGCAGAGUCACCGUUCCAUCCAUUCGAAUGGCCAUGUCUAAACUUCUUAACCCAAACCCGGAGUUAGCUAACCUGAUUGGAAAGAAAUGUAUGGGACUGAGCAACUGGUAUGGGCUAAUACCGGAGCUUUUUCCCAAUACUAAGUACAUCUAUGGGAUCAUGACCGGGUCAAUGGAGCCUUAUUUGGAAAAGUUGAAGCACUAUGCUGGGGAUUUGCCUUUAUUGACUGCUGACUAUGGGUCUUCUGAAGGAUGGAUUGCAGCAAAUGUGAACCCAAAACUACCCCCUGAAUUGGCCACUUAUGCGGUGCUUCCUCAUAUUGGUUACUUUGAGUUCAUCCCUCUCACUGAGCUGGAGCAAACCAAUUUCCUCGGUGUUGAUCCUCAACUGGUGGGCCUGACUGAGGUGAAGGUUGGUGAGGAAUAUGAGAUUGUUAUCACCAAUCCAGCAGGUCUGUAUCGGUAUCGGCUUGGGGACGUGGUCAAGGUCAUGGGGUUCCAUAACUCAACCCCAGAGCUCAAGUUUGUUCGUCGUAGCAGCCUUCUGCUUACGAUUAACAUUGACAAGAACACUGAGAAAGAUCUGCAGUUGGCUGUAGAGGCAGCAGCCAAACUAGUAGCAGGAGACAAACUGGAAGUUAUUGACUACACAAGCCAUGUGGAUUUAUCCACUGAGCCAGGGCACUAUGUGAUCUUCUGGGAGAUCAAUGGUGAAGCUAGUGAAGAACUACUUAGUGAAUGCUGCAACUGUCUGGACAGGUCUUUCGUUGAUGCAGGCUACACCAGCUCUCGCAAGGUUAACUGCAUUGGGGCCCUCGAACUCCGAGUUGUCAGGAGGGGAACAUUCCAAAAGAUAUUAGACCACUUCCUAGGAUUAGGAGCUGCUGUCAGCCAAUACAAGACACCAAGGUGUGUAGGCCCCACGCAUGGCAAAGUGUUGCAAAUCUUGAGUGAGAAUGUUGUGAAGAGCUAUCUCAGUACUGCUUUCAAUUGAUGAAAUCACUGUAGAAAAAAAUAUUGCAAUUUGCAAAACUUUCUUAAUCUAUCAAAUCCCACAACUAUCUUCAA